ACCUGCGUGAAAAAAGUGUAAGCUAAACAGUAAAGAGUAGAAUCGCCUCGCCUCGCUCCAAAAUUUGCAAGGUAAUAACGAUAAACGAAUUUUUAGGGCUACCAAAUUGGGCAGUGAAUCUGAAUUUGGAUAAAAAUUCGUUUAUCGUAAAUUGGGGCAGUGAAUCUGAAUAUUGGACCACCCCUCUCCGCCGUGUCGCCGGCCGCCACACCAGAUUUUAGCUGUCGUUCCCGCCCCCUUCCUCUCGGACAUUCUUCUCAAAGCAUUCCAAAUUCGAACUCUGUUAUUCUCCCAAGUUUGUCAACUGAAUCCUAACCUAGUCCUUGAGCGAUCAGAUUUUGAGUUCAAUACUGUAAAAAUGGGGAAAAAGCAGCACAGUAAAGAUCGGAUGUUCAUAACGAAAACGGAGUGGGCCACCGAGUGGGGCGGCGCCAAGUCCAAAGAAUUCGGAACCCCGUUCAAACGGCUCCCUUUCUAUUGCUGCGCACUUACGUUUACGCAGUUUGAAGUUCCCGUUUGCACUUCAGAUGGCAGUGUAUUUGACAUCAUGCACAUAAUACCAUAUAUCAACAAGUACGGGAGACAUCCUGUAACUGGAGCGCCAUUGAAGAAGGAGGAUUUGAUUCCACUCUCUUUCCACAAGAACCAAGAAGGAGAGUAUCAUUGCCCUGUUCUAAAUAAAGUUUUUACGGAGUUCACGCACAUAGUUGCUGUUAAAACUACGGGAAAUGUGUUCUGUUACGAGGCCAUUAAGGAGUUAAACAUUAAAACUAAGAACUGGAAGGAGCUUCUCACCGACGAACCAUUUGCUAGAGAAGACAUUAUAACCAUUCAGAAUCCGAAUGCACUGGAUACCAAGGUUCUUGUGGACUUUGAUCAUGUCAAGAAGAACUUAAAAAUUGACGAUGAAGAGUCAAAGAAAAUGGAAUCUGACCCAUCUUACAACAUAAAUGUUAUUGGGGAUAUAAAGCAAAUGCUUAAGGAGCUUGGAACUGAAAAGGCAAAGGAGAUUGCAUUACAUGGUGGAGGAGGAAGCAAGGCAAAAAAUGAGAGAGCUGUUGCUCUUGCGGCCAUUUUAGAAGCUAGAUCACGUAUCAAGGAUGACAAUGAAUCAAAGAGUGACGAGAAGCCCAAGCAGGGAUUCAGUAUUGUGGAUGCUGCAUCUGCAUCAGUCCAUGGAAGAAGCGCUAAUGCUGCAAGAUCUGAUGCUAGUAACAAAACUGCUGCUCGCAUAGCAAUGCACAUGGCCGGUGAGAGGACACCAGUAAACGCAAAGCUGGUUAAAAGUCGUUUCACAACUGGUGCUGCUUCACGAUCUUUCACUUCUACGUCUUAUGAUCCUGUCACCAAAAAUGAAUAUGAAUAUGUUAAAGUUGAGAAAAAUCCAAAGAAGAAAGGUUAUGCACGGCUGCAAACAACACAUGGUGAUUUGAACAUUGAGCUGCACUGUGACAUCACUCCAAGGACGUGUGAAAACUUCAUUACUCUUUGUGAGCGUGGUUAUUAUAAUGGAGUAGCUUUUCAUAGAAGUAUAAGAAACUUCAUGAUUCAAGGUGGUGAUCCUACGGGAACUGGGAGAGGAGGUGAGUCAAUUUGGGGCAAGCCCUUCAAAGAUGAACUCAACUCCAAGUUAGUUCAUUCUGGACGAGGUGUUGUUAGCAUGGCAAAUACCGGUCCUCAUACAAAUGGUUCACAAUUUUUCAUCUUGUACAAGUCUGCAAAGCAUUUGAACUUUAAGCACACAGUUUUUGGAAUGGUUGUUGGAGGUUUGACAACGCUUUCAGCAAUGGAGAAAGUACCUGUUGAUGACGAUGAUCGACCUUUGGAAGAGAUCAAGAUUAUUAGUGCCGAUGUGUUUGUGAAUCCUUAUGCUGAAUCUGAUGAUGAGGAGGAAGGGAAGGCAAUCGAAGAAGACAAAGACAUUAAGGAUGAAGAUAAUGAAAAGAUCGGGUCAUGGUACAGCAAUCCAGUUACUAGUUCAGAUAUGGGUGCGGUUGGCAGUGGAGUUGGAAAGUACUUGAAAGCAAGGAUGAGUCAGCCUGCUCUGGAUGGUGAUUUGCCAUCUGGGUCUCUAGGAAAGAAGAGAAAACUGGGAGGCUCAGGCGGGCAACUUAAGGAUUUUUCUUCUUGGUGAGCUUCGUAUUUAUUUUGCAACUCAUCGAUCCCUUCAUAUACUCACAUCAUCAUGUAACAAAUUCAGCUUACUGCUUGGUGAAAUCCACAAAGUAUGUAUUAUUUGGAACUUCAGUUUUAGAUUUUGGUGAAAUCCUUAACAAUA